AUGCUGCGAUUCACCGUGUUGGUCAGUUUCGUUCUUACUUACGUGUCGGGUGAUCUCGAGCCGACCUGCGAGAAUCACAAUGAUUCCACCGAGUGUCGAUUUAAUGGUGUAGUAGGGCCGCCGUCGUGUACCGAUGACGAAUGCUACACCAUGUGUUACUUCGAACGUGUUCUAAUUAGCGUGACCGAAAACGAACACUGCGAUUACCUUAAUAUUGCGGACCGUGGUUUGAUAUUGAUUAAAUCUGGAGCGUUUGAAAAUCUUUCCAGUCAAUACUUAACACUGAGCGUAGACAGCUCGAAUUACGUCCAUUUAGACUUUCCUCUGGCUAACAAAACUAAUAACAUUUCGAUCUCAGAAUCCGGAGUUUUUACUGGUCUGCCAAUAUUAAAAUCUUUGAAUCUAGCCGGGCAAACCGUCCAGUUGUCUUCUGAAUUAUUCAAGGAACUAACUGCAUUGAUAAUUUUGAAUUUGGAACAGACGGGCAUCAACCACAUGCCACCAGGAACCUUCAAUAGAUUGUCUCAUUUGCAAGUGCUUAUAAUUUCAAGGAAUCAAAUUACUGCACUUACUUCUCAUUACUUCGAAGGACUGUCUCAACUGCGUCAAAUGUUUCUGGAUAGAAACGAGAUUAACUCUAUUUCAGACGGUGCUUUUGAUGGGCUUCUUGAACUGAUAAGGUUGGACUUGUCUCUUAACCGUAUUCCAGCGAUUAACCGAACCACGUUCUCCUGCCUUCCGAAGGUAACAAAUAUAAACCUGGCUCGGAAUAAGAUAGCCACCAUUGCUGCUGGAUCUUUUGCUAACAUUACUGAAUUGCGAGUACUUGAACUGAGUUGGAACGAUAUCAGGGAAAUUGCACACAGUACAUUCCAGGGUCUCUCUCAAUUGUACUGGUUGAGUAUUUCUGGUAACAAAAUCAUUCACAUACCGGACGGGACUUUCGAAGGGCUGCCUGAACUGGUAGACUUGGACUUGACUGAGAAUCGCAUUACGGCAAUAAAUUUGACAACAUUUUCCGGUCUUGGACAGCUGACUGGUUUAUCGCUAGGACAAAACCAAAUAGUCACCAUUGUUCCUGGAUCUUUUGCAACCACCAGCUUAUUACGAGAGCUUUGUUUGAACCAAAACAAUAUAGUUGAAACCCAACCCAAUACUUUCAAAGGUCUCUCUGAACUCAAACUAUUAGACAUAUCAUCCAAUGGGAUUACCCACUUGCCAGAAGGGGUCUUCAAUGGGCUGUUUAAAUUGAAUGAGUUACGCCUGGAUGGAAACCGUAUUUCAACAAUAAAUCUGACUACAUUUUCCGGUCUCACGCAGUUAGCUUGUUUAAGCUUGAAAAGUAACGAGAUAUCCACAAUAUUUCCUGGAUCCUUUGCAGACGCCGGCAAUCUGCAAACACUUCAUCUCAGCCUCAACAAGAUAGUAGGAAUCAGACCUAAUGCUUUCGAAGGUCUCUCUCAACUGAGACGGUUGGAUAUGUCUGAUAAUGGGAUUAUCGACAUACCGAAACAGGCGUUCAACGGAUUGCCAAGAUUGCGUGAGUUAGACCUGGAGCGGAAUCGUAUUACGGAAAUAAAUUUGACAACGUUCUCUGGACUAGGGUUGUUAACCCUGUUGAACCUGCGAAACAACGAAAUAUCUACCAUCGUUCCUGGGUCGUUCGCUCCCCUCGGCAAUUUAAGGACACUUUGGUUAGCCGACAACGAGAUAAAGGCACUCGAACCUUUCACAUUCCAGGGUUUGGCUAAUCUCAAGUUUUUAUACCUCUUCACCAAUUAUUCUUCCUUUGUUCAGCCAAAUACGUUCAGCGGCUUGCCUACAUCUGUUAAAAUAAUGGAAUAA